AUGUUCUACCGUGCUGGUUCUCUUCUGCUGGUUCUGCUGGUUCUCGGCUGCCUCCAGACCUUCACCCAGGCUGAGAAUGGAAACGGACCAACCGAAUGCUGUUUCAGUUUCUUCAAGCAUCCAAUCCCUGUAAGAGUUAUCACAGCGUAUAAAGAAACCAGACCCGACUGUACGAAGCCCGGACUCAUUUUCACUCUGACGAAUGGGAAGCGUCUGUGUGCCGCGCCCGGUGUGAAGUGGGUAAAAAGAUGCAUCGAGAAAAUUGACAAGCGCCUGUUGGGAGUUUCAUCCUGA